AUGUCUGAACUAUCCCCAACAGCUGCAUCUGCAGCUUCACCAGUGACAUGCAUGUCAUCCGCAUCAACAGAAACACUCAAAGCAGAAGAGACAAUGUCUACAAACGCAACACAACCAGCUACGGUCCAGGAGGAUCCGCAGCCAAAGCCCUAUAAGAUAUACUCGAAUCCAUGGUUCCAAAUAUUUCUUAUUAGCGGUAUAUGCUUUUGCUGUCCGGGGAUGUAUAAUGCUUUGACAGGUAUUGGUGGUUCAGGACAAGUUGAUCCUAGAGUAGCCGCGAAUGCCACCGUAGCUUUACUUUCGGCCAUGGCAGUAACGGCUCUCUUCAUUGUCGGACCGGUCUUUAACCAGUUUGGGCCGCGUAUAUGUCUCUUACUCGGUGGUUGGGCAUAUCCGUUUUAUUCAGGUGCUCUUUUAUGUUUUAACAAGACCGGAAAUGGCGCCUUCGUCAUUGUCUCCGGAGCAAUCUUGGGUAUAGGGGCGUCCUUCGUCUGGGUAUCACAAGGCGCUAUCAUGACAAGCUACGUACCCGAACAACAAAAGGGACGUGCAAUCGCGCUGUUCUGGGUAAUAUUCAACCUCGGUGGGGGAGUCGGUUCACUGGCCAGUUUCGGCUUGAAUUAUCGUUCGACUACCGGCACCGUUUCGGAUGCGACCUACAUCUCCCUUUUAAUCAUCAUGGCAAUCGGGUGGUUACUCGGAGUCUUUAUCUGUCCUCCAUCUACUGUUCAGAACCACGGCACUGUCGUUGAGACUCGCGAACAGCCGCCGGCUAAGCUUUUGAAUGUCUGUCUCAAGCUGGCGAGUAAUUGGCGCGUGCUUUGCAUGAUUCCCCUCUUCUUUAGCGCCAACGUCUUCUACUCCUACCAGCAAAACGAGGUCAACGGGAAAAACUUCAAUAUUCGCACACGGUCUCUCAAUGGUGCUCUAUAUUGGCUAGCUCAAAUGGUCGGCGGCCUUAUUAUAGGCACUCUUCUUGAUUUACCCCGACUCAGCAGGCCACAACGAGCACGCAUAGGAUGGAUGUUCCUCUUCACCACCGGCAUGUGCAUCUGGGGAGGCGGAUAUGCAUUCCAGAAAUGGUCGAGCCAUCGCAUCAACGAUCUGCAUUUCAAACAGGAUAUUGAUUUCACACGGACUUCCAGCUCCGUCGGACCAAUGUUUCUGUACACCUUCUAUGGCGCAUACGAUGCGUUUUGGCAAGCGUUUUGUUACUGGUUGAUUGGAGCGCAGUCAAAUUCGGCCACGGUGGCGGCGAUUCUAGUGGGUGCAUACAAGGCCUUUCAGAGCGUUGGCGGCGCAAUGGCGUGGCGUAUCAAUGCUUUGGACGUAUCGCCUACCAUUCAGUUUUUCAUGGAUUGGGGCAUGUGCAUGGGGUCGUUAGUGCUGGCCAUACCUACUGUGUUGGCAGUGACGUUGACAAGUGUUGAUGACAAUACGGCAGACACGGAGGAGAAAGACAAGAGUAGUUCGACGACGCAGACCUCAUAA